AUGGCAAAGCCCCUCACGUUUAUAGUCAUCGUUCUGCAGAUAGGCGGCCUCGUUCUCCUGUCAGCGCUGCUCGUAACGCCGGCACAAAGACACCCAAUCGUCAAUGGUAUAGUUGUACUCUCUAUAGCACACUGCGUCAUCGGAAUACUCCCGGCUCUCUUGUAUCUGAGCAACUCAGGCUUCAGGAUAGCGUCGAAGGAACAUUUCCAGUACGACGAAGGAUGGGCGCGCCUCUGUGCAACUGAUUCUGUCCUCUUGAAUUAUGUCACCACCGCAAAAUCAGCAUUUGCCAUCAGCUUUACUAUGCCCUGUGUCUACCUGGCGUGCAAGUUCACAGGGAAUCGUGACCGCCUGGAAGCGCAAGCGACACCACAUUUCUACAAGCGUACUGUCAUCGCGCUCUGUGUAGGACCAUAUAUCUGGGCCCUACCUCUGAUAUUUUUGACGAUCCACAAGUUGCAGCAACCUCUGAGCAUGCAACCCCAUUUCAUCGGAUCGAUUUGCGUUGUCGUCUAUAAUACUGGUCAAAUCCUGGCGUUGCUCCUCACCCUCAUCCCGCUCACUCUAGCAGUCGUCGCAUCGAUCGUACUCGCAUUCAUACUCUUCAAGUAUUACAAGCUACCCCACCUGAGGCAAAGCUUCAUGCUGCUUCACCCGAUACGCAUCGUCCGGUUUGCUUCUUUGGUGGCAACCAUCGUAGUCUCUGCGGUUCUAUACGCAAUCGUGCUCGCGACAUGGGUACGAUAUGAUAGCGUGCACGACUUGAAGAGCGAGACCGCCUUCCGGGCGUGGCUGAAGACGAGUGCCGUUUGGGAAUAUAAAGCCUGUUGCAACCGACGUCCGUCGUGCAUCUUCGCAUGGCUCUUCAAUCACCGCGGUCACACCGACGACGGAGAAGCAGACCACUAUGAUUCGGCCAUCGUGCUGAAUAAGCCACACGCUACGGAGGGCUGGCCAGAGCCUACAGGCGGGAACCGCCCUCCACGGGCCAUUGCGAGGCAGAUCAUGCACAUAUCAUACGCUCCCUUUAGUACGCCCAGUCACGACCUCCGAGGACUACCUCCCCCACCGCGCCACCAACGCAGCCGGAGCCACAGCUCACGCGAGCCGGCCGUCUUCAGAGCAGUACCGUCGCUGUCCGCGCUGGGACCUAAACGGAGAGCCACAUCCGAGAGCCGGAGACAGCCUUCGCCGUCGCCGUUGUUCGACCAGCAGGUCUUGCCCGCUCAGGCGAAGCUCGAGCCCGAGGAUAGGUUAGCGAAGGGAUUGCGACUGACACCUUCGGACGGGGAGCGUUCGAAAGGCGAGGCAUCGAGUUGUGUGGAGGGUAUCAUCACUCAGACCAGUGCGAGUUCGUCUGGCUCAGCAGUGCAGCUGUCGCGACCAGCUAGCGUUGCAGGAGGAGUGGUGCCGGAGACGCUAGAUCUAACGGGGACAUUCGGUGUAGUAUCUCCUGAUCCAUAG